AUGAGAAUCAAAGGCUAUGUGUUUACUUUGUUCUUCGUUUUGGGGGUCAUUCAAGAUUCGAUUGAUGGACGCCCUCUAUUACUGUCCUUAUCCAGACCCCACCCUGAUAGUGCUGCCGACUUCGCUCGAUGGUUGGUCUCUCAGAAUUCCUGGGGCGUCCUCAAUACCAUUGCAAGUGAUUUGGGAGGAGCACCUUUUGGAAAUGUGGUUUCAUAUAGUGAUGGGCUACCCAACAAAGGCAGUGGCAUCCCAUAUUUUUAUUUAACUACCCUUGAUCCAACUGCAAGUAAUGCAUUGAAAGACCAGAGAUCAUCCUUCACGAUCAGUGAGUACCCUAUUGGAACUUGUGGCAAGACGGACCCCGAGAACCCCACUUGUGCAAAAAUUACACUCACGGGAAAGUUGAAGUUACUUGAUGGAAACUCUGAUGAAGUUGAGUAUGCACGAACCGCUUUGUUCUCAAAGCAUCCUGAGAUGAAAGACUGGCCUAAGGGUCACAAUUUCCAGAUCUUCAAGUUGGAAAUCGAGGAUAUUUUUAUGAUUAAUUGGUUUGGUGGUCCUAAACCGCUUACUGUGAAAGAGUACCUACAUAUCGAAAUGAACAAAGUUGCAUUUGUUGUUUGA